AUGAAAUUAUUAUCAACUAUAUUAAUUCUCUUGGUGGCUAUUGUUGCAUUGACAUUGGCUAAUUCACCUAAAUCAUCAUCUCCAACUGGUGUCACUGUUACUCAGACAGGAGGAUUUGCAGGAGUACACAAGACAGUGUCGUUGGACCUAAAGACUGGAAAGACAGCAACUGGCAAAAAGAUUGAUAAAAAACUAUUGGAUAGUCUCAAUGAUAACAUCAAAUCCGAUGAAUUCAAAGACCUCCCAGAACACAGUGUUUACGAACCCGAUCAUCAAGUAGCCGAUGCAUUCAUCUACGAAGCAGUAUUCCAUUUCAAAGGACACAAACAAAUUAAAAACAUCUAUUGGAAUGAAUUGGCAUCCAACAAGACAUCCAUUUGUGAACCACUCCAACAACUAGCCUCUAAAUAUGCUACCAAUAUUCCACCUCCACCUGCAUCAGAUAAAAAAGAUAAGAAUGUCCAAACUCCUGAUGUUGAACAUGGUACUCCAUCUCAAUAA